AUGAGCAAGGCGCCUCGCGGUGGGUACAAUUCGGCAGACUUCUGGCCUUUCCCCACUUUGGUCGGGUUAGAGAUUAACCAGAGAGCGAAUUUUCCCCAUCGUGUCCUUCGCCGUUCUGUGGAGGUGCGCGGUAGCCGAAAACCAAACCGUCCUUCCGACGUCUCUCGUUCUCCGAACUCACUUCGGGAAAUCCACGUCCGCACGCAUACGAAAAUAUCGAAGAAGAAUCUGCAGUGGUUCGGGAAGCGAUUACAUGCAUUUACGUGGUCCUCGCUCGAAGGAGUAGCUGAAGCGGAUAUGAACUCUGUGAAGAUACACGUCAUACCCACGCAGAAUGCAUGA